AUGAAUUAUUUAAGAGAAAAGGUUUCAGGCAAAAAAAACCGUUUAAAAGAAGGCAAUUUUAAUUUAGAUUUAACUUAUAUAACACAAAGACUAAUUGCUAUGAGCAUUCCAGGAGAAGGAUUCGAAGGUAUCUAUCGAAAUCCUAUCGAUUAAGUAAAAUUUUAAAUUAUAUUAGGUAGCUUAAUACUUGAACGAAAGGCAUAAAGAUGAGUAUUUUAUUUUCAAUUUAAGUGGUAAAAAUUACGAUGAAUCUAAAUUUAAAGGAUUAAUCUUUAAAGAUUAUUUUUGGAAAGACCAUCAUUCACCUUCUUUACAUGUAUUAUUUGACAUUUGUUUACAAAUACAUAAUUUAUUAAAAAGUAUUUGUACACUUAGUAAUUGAGAUCAUGAUCAAAAUGUAGUUGUAGUUCACUGUUUAGCAGGAAAAGGAAGAACUGGGACAGUUAUUUGCUGUUAUUUAUUAUAUUCUGGUAGAUUUAAUAAUGUGAAUGAUGCUCUUGAUUAUUAUGGAAAAAAAAGAUUCUAUGGAGAAGGUUUAAGUGUAAAUUAACCAUGUCAAAUAAAAUACAUACAUUAUUUUUAUGAAUUACUUACAAAGAAUACAAGAAUAUUUCCAAAUCUUAUCCAAAUUUCAUAAAUAUCCUUUUAUGGAAAGUAAUAUUAGUAUUUAUGAAUAGAUCUCCUUAAAUGAAUAUGAAUGGUUAGUGUUAUCCUUAUGUGGAGAUUAUUGAUGUAAAUAAGGAUUCCAUAUUACAUUCUACCAAAUAAUAGUCAAAGAAAUAUGAAGGGAAUAGUCAUCAUAUCAUAUUGGGGAACUAAAUUCCAUUAGCUGCAGAUAUAUUGAUUAAUGUGAGAAAUUAUGGGAUGAUAAAAGAUUCAAAAAUGUUUAGAUUUACUUUUAAUACAGCAUUUAUUUAAAAUGAAAAGUAAAAUAGAUAGUUUAUAAUAGUAAAUUGACUUAUGUAUUAGAUGAUUUGGAUCCAUAACAUAUUUAGGAGGAUGGUAGAUUUGAUAAGCAAUUAAGAGUUGAAGUAAUUUGUUGUUUAAUUAAAGGUAGAAAUUGAGAAUUGUAAAAUUUGUUCUGAAGUAAAUUCAUUUGAAAAGAAAUGCGAAAUAUGUAAGCCCCACUUACAUGAGCAUAAAAUGACUUGGAUUAGAAUAAAUGAAAUAAUUAAUAGAUAUAUUAAGCCUACUGAAAUUUAAACAACUUAAUUACUAUUUAAAAAUAAAGAAAAUGAUGAUGUAGAUGCUAUAUUAAAAGGUGAUAUUAUAGAAUUAAGAAAUUCUAUAUGCUUCAAAUCAUAGUUACUAGAUUAAGAAAUUUAAUAAUAAUGA